UUUUCCAAGUGGUGCAACAUAUAUAUAACUUCUUCUCAGGAUCUACAAAACGUUGGACGGUGUUUAAGAAACAUGUAAAAGGUCUUACGGUUAAACCAUUAUCAGAUACUCGGUGGGAGAGUCAUAUAGAAGCUAUCAAAGCAAUCCGAUUUCAAGCUCCCGAAAUACGAGAUGCCUUAAUAGAGCUGUCGACUUCGGCUGAUUUUGAUGCGAAGACAAGGGGUACUGCUUAUUCCAUAUUGACACGAGAGAUUGAUAAUUUUGAGAUUAUACUUGGUAUGGUUGUUUGGCAUAGAGCACUACUUGCGGUUAACUCAGUGAGCAUUAAACUUCAAACCGAAGAUAUGAAUCUUGAUGAUGCCGUUACUAAACUAAAAGAUCUUGUUUCUUUCUUUAAGGAUUACAGAAGGAAUUGAUUUGAGGGGGCAUUGGAAGAAGCUAAAAUACUUGCAACAUCCAUGAAUAUAGAGCCUAUUUUUUAUGAGGUACGAGUACGAAAAAGAAAAAAGCACUUUGAUGAAAUCGAUGAGAUAGAGGAAGUACAACCACCACUGCAAGGUAUGGAAUCCUUCCGAAUUGAAUACUUCAUUUUUAUAAUGGACCAGGCUAUUUCUUCUCUCAAACGUAGGUUUAAACAAUUUCAAGCAUACGAGGAAACUUAUGGAUUUUUGUUUAAUAUAGAAAAAUUAAGGUCUCUUGAUGAUAGUACCUUACGGAAUUCUUGUGUGAAACUUGAAAAGUACCUAAGCUAUGAAAUGGAAUUCGAUAUCAAUGGGGAUGAGUUAUAUACGGAGUUGAAGGUUUUGCGAAGUUUUUUGCCUAACGAAACAAAAAAGGCUAUUGACGUGUUGAGUUUCUUAACAAAUAUGGGUGGCUGCUAUUCAAAUGCGUCUAUUUCAUAUAGAAUUUUAUUGACAAUCCCUGUUACAGUUGCAUCUGCAGAAAGAAGUUUUUCGAAGUUAAAGUUGAUCAAAUCCUACCUUCGAUCAACGAUGUCUCAAGAAAGAUUAAACGGACUAGCGAUGUUAUCCAUUGAAGCAGAUAUGCUAAGUAGUAUUGACUAUGAUAGCAUUAUAAAUGAGUUCGCAUCCGUAAAUGCGAAAAGGUCGAUCUUUACGUCCAUUACUAGUAUUGUAUCUUCUUGAACAAAAUGAUAAAUGUUUGGUAAUAUUAUACUCAUAUCAUCAUGUGUUAUCAGGUA